AUGUUCUCAGCCAAGAAUAAACUCAUACACCAGCCGGAGGACAUCGAGAGAAGCGCUAUAAAAAGGCCGAGGAUCCUAGGCGUCCCGGAACCAGCGGAGGAAGCGGCCGGCGAGUUGGUUCCUUGGGGCAGCGGGGGGCUGCAGGGGCUCCCAGCAAUGAGCUUGCAGUGCUCCGAGUGCAAGGGCAACAUAUGCGACAACAGGGCUGGGGAAAACCUAUCCUUCUGCGUCGAUGGGACGUCCGUUCACCUGGUGAUGGGGGCCAGCAAGGAGGGCCGUGAGGGUAUCGGGUUCGGGAUCAAGGAGGUGCCGGCCAACAAGCAGCCCAACGAAAACAACCCCUACAGAUCGGUGGCGUACGUCCUCUGCGCGAACAGGCGCCCGGACAAUGGCCAGCAAUGCAACAAGAAGGUCGGAGGGGUCAAGUGCUACCCUCCCCUGUCGGACAACCAGCUCAUCUUCUUCCAGCAGAAGGCCCUCCUCGUCGACCACCAGCACCCCAAGAGCUGGAAGAACGUCCGCGAGAGCAGCCUCCGCAAGGUUAAGCUCCUCCCCGCAGGCAAGGAAGAGGAGGAAAGGCAGUUCACGCCUCGCCAGUGGCCGACGUUGAGGAAGAGUCUCGCGGGGGGGAGCAACGAUCCUGGCCACGGCGGCGGUGGCAUGGACCUGACGAGAAGCACCCCUCGCGGGUACCAGGAGGAGCUGUUCGACGCCGUGAUGGAGUGCGAGCGCAACUCGUUGGUCUACCUGCCGACAGGCCUGGGAAAGACGCUGGUGGCGGCGAUGGUUCUCAAGCAGAUGCUGGACUGGAACCCGGAGAGGCAGGCGUACUUCUUGGUGGAGACCACCGCCCUGGCAAUGCAACAGACGACCCGACUGCAAAACGAGCUAGGAGGGACGGUGAAGAAGAUCGAGAUGCUCGUGGGCUCGUCGUUGCAGGCUUUCGGCGGGAAACGAGGCAAGAUCGACCAUGGGCUGGUCAAGCUAGAGUGCGUCCGCGACGCUAACAUCGUAGUGGCUACCGCCGGAGCGUUCGAGCACUGCAUGUGCAAGCGCUAUAUCGACCCGGACGCGAUCUGCUGCGUGGUGCUAGACGAGGCACACCACUGCGGCAAGGAGCACCCUUUCAACAGGGUGGCCAGGUCGUUCCUGACCAUGAAGGCCUUCCCGUCAGUGCAGGCGACGCCCGACCGUGCCAAGGAGUUCCCGAAGUUGGUCGCACUCACAGCGUCUCCUGCGGGCGAGUUGAGCGUGCAUGACACCACCGUUAGGAUCAACCAGCUGCUCGAUAGGCUCGAGGCGGACCUAGCAGCGCCCGUGCAACAUCUUCAGGAGGUGAAGAGUCUCACGCCCUCCGUGGACCUGGAGCUCCUGAACGUUACCGCCACCGCUUCGGAGACGACCCUGCUGGGCUGCCUCGAGAAGCUGGUGCUCUCGCGCUUGGUAGGGCUCGCCCCCGAGGCCUCCGAAGCACACGCUCAGGCGCAGAGCCUCCUCGACAGCCUGGGCGGUCGGAUGAGGGGCGCCGCUGCCGCAGCCACGGCUAGCACCGCCGCCGGAGCCGACGUGCCGCGCAAGGACGACGCGUGGGUGUUCCCGAACAAGUUCUUCACGGCGCUGUGCCAGCGCGCGCUGUCUGCGGGCGGCGCGGAGCAGAGAGAGGGCUGGUGGGAGUCCGACGGUACUGUCAUGGACGAGGGCAGCGGCGGCGGCGGCGGGGGGGGGGGCGGUGAGGCCUCCCAGUUGCACAGCCUGAUGAACUUGUCGUUCGCGGUGGACGAGAUCGGCGGCGAGGCCAUUUGGCAGAGAGCGCUGGAAGAGCUCGACAACGGGUGGACCAGCGGCAGCAGCAGUAGUAGCGGAGAGGGGAACGAUUUUAGCGACCCGGAGCUCGAGGAGACUAUCGGCGUGCUCAAGGAAAACCUCUCGGCCGUAGCGACGGUGUCGGGCUCGGACGGCGGGAGCGCAGCAGCCUCGGGGGGCGAUGCGGUCAGGAGGGCCGGCGGAUCCAAGCUCGCGAAGAUUGCCUGGCUGUUGGAGGAGCACAAGCGCGCUUGCGACGCGUCGGGCAAGAGAUUUUCGGCGCUGGUGUUCGUGUCCAGGCGAGAGCUGGCGCUGGCUACCCCGGCCAUGCUGGAGGAGGCCAAGCCGUUCGUGAAGGCGCAGUCCAUCGUCGGGCUGUCGGAGAUGACCCUGAACCAGCAGCGCCGCGCGCUCGCCUCGUUCCAGAACGGUCUGAAGAACGUUCUGGUGUCGACGUCUGUGUGCGGGGAGGGGAUCGACGUGCCGGCCUGCGCGCUGGUGGUGUGCGCAAGCCUCCCCAGCAGCGGGACGGAGCUUGUUCAGCUGCGGGGUCGCAUUCGCAGCAAGGAGAAUGAGUGCAGGUUCGUCGGUCUCACAAGGACCGCAGGAGCCGCCGACAAGGCCCACGUCAAGAGCAUCUGCUUGCGCGAGCAAAACAUGCUGGAGGCCAUCCGAUCCCUCUCCGGCGGCGGUAGCAGUGGCAGUGACGUCUUCCGUGCCAAGGCCGGAAGGGGCAGCGGAAUCGUUCUCGAUGGGGCGGCGGCUGCGGCGACGGCGGCGGCGACGGCAUCGUUGGCGGGGGCUCCGCGGACCGGAGUCCCCGGUGUGUGCCCUCCGGUCAACGUUCCAACGUCUUCGGGCUCCGCGGCAUCGCCAUCGCAAACGGUGACCCGUGCGCAGGCCAGAGCUGCCCAGACAUCCCCGGGGGCCCCGUCGCCGACGGCCGUAGCUCCCAGUGACCCCCACCCCCCCGGGAAAGAGCUUGCGCCUGCCGACGAGGUUACCGCACCCACCGCGAAGGGGAAGGAGGGAAGGGGGGGUGGAGUCGCACCAGAAGCGGCGACGGCGCAGCCGGACGACAACCCGUGGAAGGUCAGCCUGCCGGUGACUCUGAGCCCGGCGGCAAGGAGAUACGCGGCCACGUACCUCGCGACCUGCGUGCGGCAGGCGCUACAGAGGAACCCGGACCAGAUGGCCAGGUGCACGCUCAACUCCGCCGCCCAGCUGGCGCAGACGAUCAAGCCCGUGUUCGAGUACGACGAGAGGAAGUUGAAAGGGUCUGGCGUCAACACCUGUUUCUUUGAGGCUCGGUGCAUCGUUACCUCCCGCCUUGAAGAGCUCGCCGGCCUCAUCCUCGUCAAGGAGGCCAAGGGCAGCUCCAUCAAGGCCGCCAGGGAGGGGGCCGCCGUCAAGGUGUAUAUGUGCGCGUGUGAACUAUAA